AUGUCUCCCAAGCAGAGAUAUCGCAGCGACCUUUUCAGCCCUGAAAAGUUCGCCUCGGCUCAUCUGCUUGAUUCUGCAUUAGAGGAGCUGAAAGGCAUUCUCACAAAGCAUAAUUUCAAGCAUGUUUUUCAAGACCUACUCGACAAUGAGAGCCCUCGCGUUCUUCUAUUGGUCUUGUCAUGCUCUUAUAUCUUCACAGCUUUGAGUGAGACCACACCGUUGAUUUCGUGGCUGCUGGAGUCCUUUCCUUCCGAGCCUGCGAAUUACGAUGCGACGGUCCACUACAACAUUAUAUCUCGCAUAUCGACAGAGCUCAUUUCCUCCUCUUUGAUCAAAGAAAAAGAACCGUGUGCCCGAUACCAUGAAAUAGCUCAGAUCGCGCCCAAAGUUUUGAAAUCUCUUGUCUCCUUCCUUGGGCGCAUCGGAUCAGAACAUUACGAGGGAAAGGCUCACAUGAGCAAGUUUCAGCAAACGAAGGAAGACGGUCCUUUCGCUUUUGUCAAAAAGGAUUUCGAUAUUUUGAAGAUCGACAUCCCUGAAACUUCCAGUGAGACAUCUGUCUCCAUGGAUCAUGUUUUGCAAAGUCAGAAGGACACACUCAAGUUCUAUUUAGAGCUGCUCCGUCGUCCUGAGAUAUAUGUAUCUCUCAAGGAGCAUUGUAUCGUUUCUGAGGAGGAGAGGAUUGCUCCGGGGCCCGUGGUCGAGCCGCCCUCCGCAUAUCCGAUCGUUCAGCCGAUGAAGGCAUUAUACUUUGACACUACUGACGGUUUUGGGAAAUGGACGGUCAUCAUAUCUACGAACGCUGACAAUUUUUUGCGGAGAACGCACAAGAAAGAUCUUUACACGUUUAACAUCACCGUGAAGAAGAUCAAGGAGCUCUCCUGUGGUCACUUCACUGUCAACAAUCAGAAGCGUUUGAGCGGAAGAGCGACUGAAGUCCCUAUCUUCAUGGCUAAAGUAACUUGUAAUCUAAGACUCAUCGUGGGACACCUAUUUCUUAUCCCGGACAUCGCUGACGCCACCUUGCAGUAUCAAAUUGACACAAUCCCGGGUGACGAAAAGAGAGAGCAACAAGCUCUGAAAAUUUUCGGUAUAUAUACCCAUGCUCAAAUUGACAAUCGUCUGUGGAGUUCUAUCAGUAGUCAGCUUAGGAAAAAGGGAGAGGAAUACCGAAAAAGAUGCGCAGUUAGGAUGCCCGCAGAUUCUCAAGCAUCGAAGAACAUUUUUAUACCGGCGUUCUUCCCCCCACUACCUGAAGUGUUGCCUUCAGAGAUUGAAGGCAUACCGGAUUUACGUCCUGAUGAAACGGUUGAGGUCCAUUCAAGACUCCUAUUUGAGAAAUACGUCACAUUCUCGCAGCCAUUUUUGAAUACCAUCCUAGCGGAUGUGAAUGUGAUCUUUCCUCAUACGGUUUCCAUGCAAGAGACACGAAUUAUAGAACAUCCAAAGUCCUGCUACGUUAUAGGCCGCAGUGGCACAGGGAAAACCACUACCAUUUUAUUCAAGAUGUUGCUCAUCGAGCAGACGUUUCGACUCAUGGAAUCGGGUUUGCCUCGCCCUCGUCAGGUCUUUGUAACCAAGUCUAGAAUGCUUGCAAAGAAAGUGCAAGAGGAUUUUUCGAACCUGGCCAGUUCCUUAGCAAUAGCAUCACGGCCGUCCGCUGACCUCAUGAACCUAUCGAGAGCUCAGUACCAAGAUGAUAUAGGGCUAAUUGAUAUCGAUGACAUCGUCGAUUGGCGGACUGAUUUACCAGCCAAGUACAGUGAACUCGAGGAGAGGCAUUUCCCGUUAUUUAUCACGUUUGAUGGUCUUUGCGAGAUGUUGGAAGCAGACAUGGGCGCUCAAACGUCUACUAGCAUCGAACGCAACAAGUCUCACAUGAGUGUCAUCACUCUCGAGUCAUUUUUCGAAUACUACUGGUCUUAUUUUCCUGAGCCAUUGGUCAAAGGAUUAGAUCCCACCUUGGUAUUCAGUCAAAUUAUAGGCGUCAUCAAAGGCUCGAAGGAGACACUGAGUGAAGAGAAGCGGCAUCUUAGCAGAGCCACUUACCUUGAUCUCAGUAAACGCCAGCAAUCUACAUUUGCUGACCGGAGGGGUGAAGUGUACAAGCUCUUCGAGCUGUAUAUGCACAAGAAGAAAGUUCGGGGAGAUUACGACACUGCAGACCGGACUCAUAAUAUCUUGAAGUAUUUUACGGAGCAAGGCAUCCCUGGACAAGGACUCGACCAUUUAUAUGUCGACGAAGUACAGGAUAACAUGCUCAUUGACACUAUGGUCUUGAGAGCACUAUGUAGCAAUGCGGAUGGUCUCUUCUGGGCAGGCGACACUGCGCAGACCAUCUCCGUUGGAAGUGCUUUCCGUUUCAAUGGUUUGAAGGCAUUUCAGUGGGAAAUUGAGGAUCAGUACCAGAGGAAGCGGGGACUUGGAGCUGGCAAAACCAAGGGGCCACCAGAAACAUUUCAACUGGCCGUGAAUUAUAGGACCCAUGCAGGCAUUGUUAAUUUUGCGCAUUCUGUCAUCGACCUUAUCACAGUUUUUUGGAAGGAUUCCAUUGAUCGCCUUUCUCCAGAAAUAAGCAGUGUAGAUGGAACCAAACCUGUCUUUUUUAAGACUGAAGAUUCCACCCAAUUGGCGCAGUUCAUCCUUGGUGAUGUUGGCAAAUAUAUCGAGUUCGGUGCCCAGCAAUGCAUCAUUGUUAGAAAUGAAACGGCAAGAGAGAGAUUUCGACAACAAGUCGGUGAAGUCGGUCUCGUGCUCACUAUAUACGAAAGUAAAGGGCUUGAAUUCAAUGAUGUCCUGCUUUACGACUUCUUUGCUGACUCACUCGCUGGUCCCGCACAAUGGCGGGUUGUAUUGAAUGCCAUCGAAGAGACUAAUGAGGAUCCGAAGAACCUGCCUCCACGAUUUGAUAGCAUUCGCCACGCCAGCAUUUGUGAUGAGGUCAGCAUGAAUUACUCUGUUUCUUGGAUUGGAGACCAAAGUAAUAACACUCUUCAGCUAAAAUUCCUGUACGUCGCGAUAACUAGGGCCCGUGAAAACAUCUGGAUUGUCGAUGGUUCUGAGACGGGAGAACCCAUGAGGGUAGGUUGUUAUUCUUCUGUCCAGACCGCAGCUGCACUGUUCUUAUCCCCAAUAAUCAAGAUCUUUUGGAUGAGGAAAGAUUUGAUCCAAAAUUACACUCUGGGAUCUUAUACCUCUCAACUUGCAUCCUCAUCGACAUCAGAAAAAUGGGCUUCAAGGGGACGUGAACUUUUCUACCGGAAGCAAUUCUCCGACGCCAAGCACUGCUAUAUCAGGGCCAACCUUCCUAUCCUAGCAUCCAUUGCAGGUGCCUAUGAUUUGCGGGUGAAGGCCCGUAAAGUCAUUGAAGCUGCCAUCUCGUUCUCCGAAUGCGCUACCAUCACAUCGAGCUCAAAGGCUUCUUUGAUGUACUUCAGGAUCAGUGGCGAAUGUUUUGAACAAGCUGACCAAAAGUGUCGAGCUGCAAAAAUGUUUUUCCAGGCUCAAGAGUACAACCAUUCUACGGAGCUGUAUAGAGAUCUCGGCAAAUUUGACGAGGCCGUGGCGAUUGUGAAAGCCCAUGGAGACGAGAUGUCGUCAAAAGUUGUCAAAAAUGUCAUCGAACUCGCCAGACUGACAUACUUCUCUAACCGCCAAAUGAAAAAGGCCCACGAGUUAUUUGACUCGCCCGAAGAAGAAUUGGAGUAUCUGGAAGAAAGAGAUCUUGAUAUCGCUCUUGCAGAUUUACUUGAAACAAUGGGACGAUGUAGUGAAGCUGCUGAACUUCAUUAUUUUGAGGGUCGCAGAGAAGAAGCUAUUGACCUCUUUCUUCGCGAAGCAGAAAACAAAAGUGCUUUGCGUCGGGCUCAAGAAUGUAUCCUCGAAGAACUUUGGCAUAGGAUUUCUUUUGGUGCGGACUCUCGUGCUAUAUGCUCAGAUCUCGGAGUGUCGCGGCUGAUGCGGUUUGCUUCGCGGUUUGAUACAGCUUUGAUGGGAAAAACUGAAGCCGCUGAACUGUUCAUGUUUACCGCCAUUAUGCAGGAUGACGUGUCUCGACUGCGUGAGCUGGCAUUGGAAUUCCACAAAGUUGGCCAUAGUUCUGCGACCUUGCUGUGUCUAGAUCAAUAUUUUUCUCGGGCACCUCGAAUUCAAGACUUGGCACUUGUUGACGCAAUCGAAGAACUCAGCAUGUUUUAUACCUAUGUGGACCUCCUUUCCGCUACAGCCUUCCGAACGGAUCCUUGUGGAGAUGUAGCGACUGCGACAUUAUUCGGUUUUCGGCGGAUAGCAGAGAACGAGUUCCUUGUGCCCCAAAAUACGUGGCUAUACCGUUCAGUCGAUCUUCGACCGAGGAACGUGAUUAGGGAUUCCGACUUGAACCUCAGGCUGUCAGUACCUGAACUACGUGAGCUAUUUCAAGAUGCUCUGAGAAGUCGUCUGAAGCAAAGGACCGCUACCGAAAAUGACGAAUGUGCGAGAAGCAAAGCGUUCAUGCCUUGCCUCGUUUUUGCCGUAUCUGGGUUUUGUAGACGGCCUAAAUGCCCGGAAGCUCAUGUAUCACCUUUGGAGAUAACUCCCGGUUACUAUAAUAUGCGCGUUCGUCUGCACCUACAACAAAUCUUGAUCUUGCAGUCGCUCAGAGAGAAUGCUCAUGCAGAUGUGGAACACAGAGGAACCAAGUUUUGGCUCAACCGUCUUUACGAGGCUCUUUAUCCACCCCAUCAUGUCUUUGGUUCUAUUUCCGAUCUCGCACUUUCUACAAUUCCCGAGGCUGCGAAAGCAUUGAACGUUAUGAAAGAUUGGGUGCGAACGCUUGUUUAUAGCCAAGUGUAUACACCCCAGACAACCUUCCUCACGGACGUGAUGCGAGCAACCACUUUGACCUUCAUGUUUGACCGAAGUCAAGCAGAUUAUCUUAGAAAUGCGGCAUAUUUCAGCACACGCCCUCCACUUGUGUACAUUCGUCGAGGUGGUUCUCCCAUCCUACCGGAGCUUCUGGGUGCGAUGUCGGGGACGCAUACAUGGUCCCUCGCUGCCGGUUUUGCAUUCGUCGAGCAAGUCCUCUUCUUGAUCCAUCUAUAUUUAUGCGUUCUAUGUGACCUCGUAGACUUUCUUUGCAGCUCUGUCAUACUUUGUGGUCGUCGCCCUGGAAUGACAGUGAUGCACGACGUAACAGUCCCUCGCAGCUGGCUUCUACGUUUCAUCAAGCAUGACUCGCUGUACUUAAACCCGGAGAUACAAACGAACACAUUUCACUUGCUUUUGACGCCUAUGCGGGAUCUUUUAGAGCAGUUGUACGACGGCAAUGGUUCUGAAUAUCUUUUGUAUGGACCUACCAGAAAUCUUUCAAAUGUGCCAGCAGUAAUUCGUGAUGUUUAUAUGACCAGAAUAUGCAAGGCCAUUGGGCUACUGGGCUACAAUAUCCGUAGCGAUAUUUUAAGGAAUAACAUCCGGAAGUUGCUGUUGUCCCUGCGCCGUGAAGGAUGCUUGUUACCUUCUUUCUAUAGUCGAUACGUUGAUGCUGCAAGCGACUCGUGGGCCGAACUUGCAAAGGCUAUACGCCUUUCGCUGCAAUACGAUACUAUGGACGAGAUGAUUCACCUUGUUCAUAAGAGCCAGGUUCCGGCAAGGGAUUGCGCCUUGAUAGGAGUUCGUCAGGUUGUCUACGACAAUCUGAUGGAAAUCCAAGAGCUGCUUGAUCCCAAUUCGUCAGUAUACAGCCAGUCCGAAUCGCUGAUUGAGGUUUCCACGCAGUUGGCAUUGGACGACCAAGCAGAUGAGAUGGAAUGCCCUUUGUAUGCAGAGAGUGUUCGUGACGAAGAAGAUUCCGUCGAUGAAAUUGACGACACUAUUGUUGCCAUUCCAAUACAAGAUAUGCCACGACUGGAGCCAUCAACUGAAGAGACAGCUGCUGCAUCCUUGAUUCAACGGGUAUACAGGAAAGUCCUUCGUCAUCGACGAGGCAUUGCCAAGAGUGGGAUGGCAGGCCUUCGCGCGCAAAUAUAUGCCUCAUGCACUAAAGAAGUACCUCGGCUUGGUGAUAACCCUGGACUAUAUCUUCGCUUCUUUCUGGGUCCACUCCCGCACAUUUUAGCCUGUCUCGAGAUAGUUCGUAUCGAUUCGUUAAACCAAAAACAAAAGACGAAAAAGAGGUUUCUAGAUUGCAGUCUUGACGAGCUUGAUGCACUUGAUGGCUUGUUGAUGCAGAUCAAGUACGCAUUACCACUUCUACGGGCGAUAACUGACACGAUCGACAUUUUCAACAGCAAGGCGAGCAAGGCUGCAGUCAUAUUACAAAAGCAGCUCAGCCCAAGUUCUGCUUUCCAUGAGCGUUGUGACGGCAAGGAACUCGAGCAACUAGUGGAAGAGGUUAAGGUUCUGGUUUCUUCUCUCUCUUUUAAAACCUCGUCAAACUUAUCGGAUGACCUGCACCUCGCUAUCAAAGGGAUUUCAACCGCACGUUCAUCCACAGGUGCACGCAAAGAGCCGACGCUCAAGAUUCGGCGAUGA